GAAGUUCGUCUAUCCCCAAAGGCAUCAGCUAAGAUGAACAGAAACACCACGAAUUUUACGACCGUCCAUCGCUCCAUAGACAUACCACAAAUUCUGUUACCAAUCCCCUUGUAAUAUCUUAUCUCUUUUGUAACAGAAUUAAAAUUCCUCCUAAACUAAACCACCCUGCCUAAACUCAAUAACGAUGAUUUUUUUCACGUACAUCGAUGCUGUUGCGGUUGCGUCCCAGUAGAUCUCAUCUAUAAAAUGUGCGACGUACGGGACCCGGAGCAGAGUCCACAGCAGGCGCCGCGCGCGCUAUCGAUCUCCGCCGCCUGACCGCCGUACCACCGUCUCCCGGCAGCUAGCGUCGACCGGCGUCAUGUCGUCACGGCGAAGCAUGGGAGCCCUGGCCGCUGUCUGCGUCUGCAUGUUCGUCUUCGUCUCCUCCGCACGGGCAGAAGAUCCGUAUAGAUUUUUCGAUUGGGAGGUUACUACUGGGAACAUCAAUCCUCUCGGCGUCCAGCAGCAGGGUAUUCUGAUCAAUGGGCAAUUUCCGGGGCCGGAGAUUGACUGCCAGACGAAUGAUAACUUGAUCGUCAACGUGCACAACCGUUUGUCGGAGCCGUUUCUUCUGUCAUGGAACGGGCUUCAGCACAGGAAGAACUCGUGGCAGGACGGCGUGUCCGGCACGAACUGCCCGAUCCCGCCGGGCCAGAACUUCACCUACCAAAUGCAGGCCAAGGACCAGAUCGGCAGCUUCUUCUACUUCCCGUCGCUCGCCUUCCACAAGGCCGCCGGCGGCUUUGGCGCCAUCCGCAUCCGCAGCCGCCCGCUGAUCCCCGUCCCCUUCGAUCCGCCGGCCGGCGAGUACACCAUGCUGAUCGGCGACUGGUACAAGACCAGCCACAAGGCUCUGCAAGCCAUGCUGGACAGUGGAAAGCAGCUGCCUUCCCCUGAUGGCAUCCUGAUUAACGGCAAAGGUCCAAAUGGCGCAAGCUUCACCGUUGAGCAAGGGAAGACGUACAGAUUGCGCGUCUCCAACGUCGGCCUGCAGAGCACGCUCAAUUUGAGGAUCCAAGACCACAACAUGACGCUGGUCGAGGUGGAGGGCACGCACACGGUGCAGAACACCUACAGCUCCCUCUACGUCCACGCCGGCCAGUCGCUGUCCGUGCUGUUCACGGCCAACCGCCCGCCCGGCGUCUACCAAAUCACCGUCUCCACCCGCUUCGCCAAGCGUGCACUCAACUCGUCCGCCGUCCUGCGCUACGCCGGCUCGAGCGCCACCAUCUCCUCACCGCCGCCACCGGCUGGCCUCGCCGACGACAUCGACUUCUCGCUCGACCAGGCUCGCUCCAUCAGGACGAACCUGACGGCGAGCGGGCCACGGCCGAACCCGCAGGGCUCGUACCACUACGGCUCGAUCAACGUGACACGCACAAUCCGGCUCGCCAACUCGGCGGGGCGCGUCGCCGGCAAGCAGCGGUACGCCGUGAACGGCGUGUCGUUCGUGGAGGCCGACACGCCGCUCAAGCUGGCCGACUACUACAGGAUCAGCGACGUGUUCCGGCUCGGCGGCAUCCCGGACGCGCCGCCCGCGGGCGCCGCGGCGGCUCCGCGGAGCGAGGCGGCCGUGAUGGACUCCGACUACCGGUCAUUCCUCGAGAUCGUGUUCGAGAACAGCGAGGACAGCGUCCAGAUCUGGCACCUCGACGGCUACAGCUUGUUCGUAGUUGGGAUGGACAGGGGAGUGUGGAGCGAGCAGAGCAGGAAGAGCUACAACCUCGUCGACGCAGUCUCCCGGUGCACGGUUCAGGUGUACCCGAGGGCGUGGACGGCGGUGUUGGUGGCGCUGGACAAUGUGGGGAUGUGGAACCUCAGGUCGGAGGACUGGGCGCGCAGGUAUCAGGGCCAGCAGUUCUACCUCCGCGUGUACACGCCGUCGCACUCGUUCCGCGACGAGCUCCCCAUCCCGAGCAACGCGCUCCGCUGCGGCCGCGCCACCAACGCGAGCGGCAGAAGCCGAACCCUGUCGCGGUACUAGUUGACAAACCGGCUGGUGCUUGUCAACGACCCUAACACAACACCAGGAGUUACUCGGCCAUGACAAGUUUGGCCAGGUAUAUAUACCGUAUACGCAAAUGCAUCAAAGUUUUACUCGGCCAUAUCACAAGUUUGGCUGGUUGGGUUUAUUUAGCGUGAGUUCAGUUUGUAAGGCGUAAAUGAACUCCAUAUAAACAAGGGGUGGGACCAAAGUGUAGCCUAUAUGCCUUUUCUUACUCGCCAAUGCACAUUGCCAGGUUUAAUUUGCAAAUCCCCCGAAAUCAAGAUUUAACAGCGCUAUUCUUUUCUUUCUA